AUGGUGCCACAAGGGCCUCCAACUCCUCUUGGGGGAGGACCCCAGCCUGUUCAGCCUUCACUACUGCGUUCUAAUUCGGGCUUGUUGGGUGUUCAAGGGGGUGGGAUGCCUUCCCAGAAUUCAUUUGCGUCUCUAGGAUUGCCACACACCCAGUUUAAUAACAAUAACAUGCUUGGUAAUGUGCCUAAUGUUUCGUCAUUGCUCCAUCGAUCAUUUGGUAAUGGGGGUCUAUGUUCUGGGCUCUCUGGACCGGGGACCUCCCAACGAGGACUUAUUGAUAGUGGGGCUGAGCCAGAUCCACUUUCCAAUGCUGGAAAUGGGGUGAGAUUUAAUCCUCCUUCCUCAUCGUAUGCACAUUCUUCUAUAACAACCAACCAAAAUUCAACCAGUCAAGUUCAAGGGCAACAGCAAUUUGCAAACCCUUCUGGCAAUCAGAUGGUAAUAGAUCAUCAAAGGACCCAACAAUUUGAUUCACAAAAUUUUCAACAGAAUCAGCAUCAGUUACAGCAGUUUUCUGCUCCCAGCAACCCUCAACAACAUCAGCAGCAAUUUCAAACAUUGCGAGCUGGACUAGGAGGCAUUGGACCUGUUAAGCUGGAACCACAAGUGAUGAAUGAUCAAACACAUCAGCAGUUGCAGGUUCUGAGGAAUCAUGGUACUGUAAAAUUGGAGCCACAGCAGAUGCAAGGUAUCAGAAGCUUGCCACCUGCCAAGAUGGAACCCCAACAUUCAGAUCAGUCAUUGUUUUUACAUCAGCAGCAACAGCAACAGCAGCUCCUAAUGUCCAGACAGUCCUCUCAAGCAGCUGCAGCUGCACAGAUUUUGCAUCAACAGAGGCUGAUGCAACUCCACCAGCAGCAACAACAGCAACUUUUGAAGGCUAUGCCUCCACAAAGGCCCCCAUUACAAACACAGUUUCAACCUAAUUUGCCAAUUAGAUCUCCUGUAAAACCGGUUUACGAGCCUGGGAUGUGUGCCCGACGAUUGACACAUUAUAUGUAUCAGCAACAACACAGACCUGAAGACAAUAAUAUUGAGUUCUGGAGAAAAUUUGUUGCCGAGUAUUUUGCACCCAAUGCCAAGAAAAGAUGGUGUGUUUCCAUGUAUGGAAGUGGCCGUCAAGCUGCUGGAGUUUUCCCUCAGGAUGUUUGGCAUUGUGAAAUAUGCAAUCGCAAGCCUGGCCGUGGAUUUGAGGCUACUGCUGAGGUUCUACCUAGACUUUUCAAGAUAAAAUAUGAAAGUGGUACUUUGGAAGAGCUACUUUAUGUUGAUAUGCCCAGGGAAUAUCAGAAUUCAUCUGGACAAAUUGUCUUAGAUUAUUCAAAAGCCACCCAGGAGAUUGUCUUUGAGCAACUUCGUGUUGUUCGCGAUGGUCAACUUCGAAUUGUGUUCUCUCCAGACCUUAAGAUAUGCUCCUGGGAGUUCUGUGCUCGGCGUCAUGAAGAGCUUAUUCCUAGAAGAUCGCUCAUACCACAGGUUAGCCAACUUGGUGCGGCUGCCCAAAAAUACCAGGCUGCAACCCAGAAUGGAUCAACAAAUGUAUCUGUUCCUGAAUUACAAAAUAACUGCAAUAUGUUUGUUGCGUCAGCUCGACAGUUGGCCAAAGCCUUGGAAGUUCCACUGGUACACGAUUUGGGAUGUACAAAGCGAUAUGUCCGAUGCCUACAGAUAUCAGAAGUGGUGAAUAGCAUGAAAGAUUUGAUUGAUUAUAGCCGUGAAACUGGCACUGGUCCUAUGGAGAGCUUGGCCAAGAUUCCUCGGCGAACAAAUACAUCACCUGGGAGUUUUCAAGGUCACUUGCAACAAUCGCAGCAGCAGCAAGCGGUGGGACAGAACUUAAAUAAUGAUAGCACUGUCCAGGCUGCUUCAGUGCAACUUACUUCUACCAAUAACAUACCAGGUGUUAACGACAGUCUGAACCCAGCUCCUGGAACUUCCUCCGCUACUGCCAUUGUUGGGCUUCAUCACCAGAAUUCUAGACAGCAAAACCUGACAUCUAAUGCAAACAGUCCCUUCGGAGGAAAUCCUGUUCAAAUGCCUUCCCCAGGUUCUUCAAAUACACAGCCACAGCCACAGCCACUGCCCAGUCCUCCCUUCCAAUCACCAACGCCAUCCUCAUCAAACAAUCCACCGCAACCUUCACAUGGAGCUCAAAUGAAUUUGACAAAUUCCCCAAAUAACCCAAUGCAGCAGCCAACUCUUUCUGGGGAUGCAGAUGCAAAUGAUUCACAAAGCUCUGUUCAGAAAAUUAUACACGACAUGAUGAUAUCAAACCAGUUUAGUCGGGGUGGCAUGACGGGCAUUAGGACCGUGGCUAGUGAUGUGAAAAAUAUUAAUGGAAUGUUGUCUACAAGCGACAAUGCUGGUAUAAGGAGUGGAGUGGCCAAUGGUAAUCCGGGUAUAGGUGGUGGAGUGUUUAGGAAUACAGGCAAUGGAUUUGGCCAUUCUGCCUUGGCCAAUGGAAUUCGAGCUGCAUUGGGUAGUAACUCUAUGAAUGGAAGAGCAGGAGGCAUGACAAUGGCACGAGACCAAAGUGCUAUUCAGCAGCAGGAUCUGGGAAACCAACUACUUGGUGGUCUCGGGGCUGUUAAUGCUUUAAACAACCUUCAGUUCGACUGGAAGACAUCUCCCUGA